UUGUGUAAACACGUUUGUGUCCGUCUGGUUGACAUUGGGACAAUCGAGCGCAGAACUAGUCUAUCCUCCGUCUUCUACAACAGAGGGACCGGGCAGGAUGGGCGCCUCUGUUUCCGCACCGGCUGCUCCUACGGUCAGGGCUGAGGCCAUGGUGGCUGUUCCUCCUCAGGGCUGCCCCAUGCACCAAGAAGCGCCUCCUAUCAAAGUGUCUCCACCUUCAGAGUGUCCCAUGCAUCAAGCUCAGCCCGUCAAAGUAUCUCCUCCUUCUGAGUGCCCCAUGCAUCAAGCUCAGACAGUGUCUCCUCCGUCAGAGUGUCCAAUGCACAAAGCAGAAGCCGGGCCCGUCCACCAGGACCGGGCCUACGAGUUUGUGGAGUGUCCCAUGAAAGCCGGAUUGAAGGGCGACAUCGACCCAGCAAACAUGAUGCCUCCUCCAAACCAGACUCCGGCUCCCGACCAGCCCUUCGAGCUGUCCCUCAAGCGAGAGGAGUCCACCAUUCCCCGUCACGGAGCAGAGAAGAACUGGGUCUACCCGUCCGAGCAGAUGUUCUGGAACGCCAUGCUGCGCAAAGGGUGGCGCUGGCGUGACGACGACCUGGCGGCUGACGACAUGACCAACAUCAUCAAAAUCCACAACCGGAACAACGAGCAGGCCUGGGAGGAGAUCCUGAAGUGGGAGGCUUUGCACGCAGGGGAGUGUCCGUGCGGUCCCACCCUGAAGAGGUUUGGAGGGAAGGCUAAGGAGUUCUCCCCCCGGGCCCGUCUGCGCCACUGGAUGGGCUACGAGCUGCCGUUCGACCGUCACGACUGGAUCAUCGACCGCUGCGGGAAGGAGGUCCGCUACAUCAUCGACUACUACGACGGGGAGAUCAAGGAGAACUACCAGUUCUCCAUCCUGGACGUACGCCCCGCCUUUGACUCUUUAGACGCCGUGUGGGACCGCAUGAAGGUGGCCUGGUGGCGCUGGACCUCGUAAAGGAAGAAACACACACACACACACACACACGGACUGCAGGAGCUCUCAUUUCAACUCUGUGAAAACCCAUGAAGAAAACAGAGACGCCGAGUUUCAUCUUCAUUCUGAUUGUAGGGAAGAGCUUGAAGAAAACAGUUCAGUUCGCUCCAGAAUAAACUCCAAGAUGCUUCUUUGUCUUCCUUCCAUCCUCAGAUUGUCGUAACCUCUGCUGCAGGAAUGUUACUCAUCUCAAACAGGAAGCAGGCUGAGAGUUUGGUAGCUUUAUCAUGUUAAAUGAGGAUUUUCAACUCGAUUUACUGUUUAGUUUCACUGAUUUAGAAGCGAGUGCCGUGGGUUUGCGUGGGUCAAGGCGCCACCCAGGAUCCUCCUGCCUCUUUUAACAGUAACAGCUAACGGUUCGAUCAAACCUUUCAUGAGUCCAGAUGAUUUAACAGUUUGAACUAAUGAACACAGGUGAAUGUGUUGUGACUAGUACAGUAAAAUAAAACCGUGACAGAGCCACUGCAUUUCUGAAGCCUCUCACAUGUGUAUAUGUGUUCAUUGUCACACACUCCCAGCCCCGGCAGUGAUGGGUCUUGCUGCUUUCAUGUAACCAUAUUCAUAUCAGUGUGUGUGAAGGAGCUGGCAGGGUUCGAACGCGCCCAGAUUGACAAUCGCAGCGUUGUCAUUGCUAUUUGUAACGGCUUCAUGAGGGUCAGAGGUCAGCGCUCAAGUGCUGUAUUUACUGUCAGCACCACUGUGGCAGAGAUUCAGGAAGAGGAGGCUCUGUUCUGUAUUUUUCCGCUCUGCUAUCCUCUGUGCGGUAAAGCUUUGGUGCAUGGAUCUGCUUUUGUAUUUAUUGUUUUAGGAAUUUUUUUUUCUUUUCUUCUUCCUGUGGUCAAUCACGACCUCAUAGAAAUGGUUGUAUCUAAAAGAAUGAGUUAAAAGUGAAUAAAGCUGUCCUCUCUGACCUGU